AGGCUCUUCCAAUUCUUCCAACUCAUGACCGACCGCCUGGUGAGCUUUUUUAAUUUGUUAUACACGUAACUCUCCUAACGACGAUGUAAAGAAAAGUUGAAUUUAACCGUGACCGUUGAUUGUGCUUUUUUCUUUUGUUUUCUUAGUUUAUGUCAUUAAGCUCACUCGAAUAUACUGAGGUUUUAUCUUUGAUUUUCAUAGAGGCUCUUCCAAUUCUUCCAGCUCAUGACCGACCGCCUGGUGAGCUUUUUUAAUUUGUUAUCCACGUAACCCUCCUAACGACGAUUUAAAGGAAAGUUGAAUUUAACCGUGACCGUUGAUUGUGCUUUUUUCUUUUGUUUUCUUGUUGGUUCGCAACUUCGUAACUUGGCGCGGAAGUUGGUAAGUUCGGACCACAUCUUGGUAACUUGCAAUGGCAACGUAAUGACUUGCGACUUGCGAUUGCAACCUAAACUUGCAUGGCAUCACUUGGUGGCUUACAAUGAUAACAUAGCAACUUGCAAUGGUAACUUAGUAAAUUGCAAAGGCAAUUUACUACGUUGCCAUGGUAUUUUCGUAACUUGUCAUUUGCAAUGGCCAUUGAGAACUUUGAAAUGGCAAUUUAGAAAUUUGGCAUCUUAUUUUAAUACCUUUUCAUGGUAUUUUAGUGGCUUGCAAUAGCAACUUGGCAAUUUGCGAUCGCAAUUAAAAUGGCAAUUUACGAAUUUGUCAUCCUAUUUUGGUAACUUGCUAUGGACACUUAAUAACUUGAAAUGGUAAUUUAGUAACUUGCAAUAGCAAUUUGAUAACUUGCCAUGGUAUAUCAAUAUCUAACAAUAGCAACUGAGUAAUUUGCAGUGGCAAUUUAGUACUUUGCAGAGGCAAUUUGCCUUUGUAUUGUUGUACCUUGUGAUGGCUAUUUAGUAAAUUGCAUGAGCAAUUUAGUAACUUGCCAUAGUAUUUUAGCAACUUACUUCAACAACUAAGCAAUUUGCAGUGGCAAUAUAGUACGUUGUAAUAGCAAUUUAAGAAUUUGUCAUCUUAUUUUAGUACCUUCCGAUAGAAACUUAGGAACUUCUAAUGGCAGUCUAAUAUCUUGAAGUGGUAUUCUUAUAACUUGCAGGUGCAGCUCAGUAACUUGCGAAGACCCUUGAUUAAGCAAUUUGCUCUGGCGACUUAUUGACUUGCAAUGGCAAUUUUGUAACAUCCAGUGGCUAUUUACUAACUUGUCAAAGCAAACGAUCGCAAAUCAAUCACGUUAUGCGUGGCGUGGCGGGAAUUUUAGUUUAUCGUUACACUUGCGUUUAAGAUGCUCGUAAGGAAGUCGGAUGACCAGACAAUUUAGUUCCCUGACGGGGCGCACGACCGCUUGCCAAAAAGGACGAGGACUCUGCGAACGACAUUGACAGCCUUCAGGACAAUUUGUAGGAAGUACUUAUCUCUAAAUCUUAUAUUCUAACAUUACGUCAGUGUUUUUUAUUUUUCAGUAUGGCUGUUUUGGUUAAGUCGUAGCCUAUACUCUGCUACACAUCACUGGCGAGUUAUGAAACGCAAAACAGCAAUUUUGCAGUGAAUGCUUUUCAGCCUGUGAAUGUAGCAAACGGGUCACCAGGUCAGGUUCAUUGUUGGAGAUUUCUUCAACAUUUCCAUCCAUGGUAAAGGAUUUGCGCAUGGUCACUGCAUUUUCUGAGAUAUCCGUGGCGACAAAUGAAAAUGGAGAUAAAAAGGAUCAAAUUUUGAUGAAAAGUAAAUAAUGUGGAUACAUUUAUAUUCCAUUAAAAUGUUAUUAUACGACUAAAAAGUUGCGUUAUACAAAAAAAUGCAAAAUAGAGAGGAAAAAGAUUUGUUGGCUAUAAUCACAGGAAAUCCUUCGUCAAAUGAGAAGGUUAAGACUUUGCCAGAGAAUCUCCUUAGAAUACUUUUCGAGGAUAUAACAUCUCAGCAUAACAAUAGCAGCAAGAAAUAAUCCUUUCCUGGCAGAAGCCGUUUCAGCCGUGUUCCACGUCGAUUGGUGCCAGAGGCUGUGGUGAGAUACAAAUUUAUAAGCAGUCUUCGAUUCCAUUGGUGCUUGUGACAUCAAAAGGUUUGAAUGUACAAUUUUCUUUUUUUUCCUGAAAUAAAGCUGUCGUGAUGUUUUAGAACAGUCUUUCUGUUAUGCAACGUGAUUCCACACCAAAACUACAGUUUGAGUUAGGUGUAAGUGGGCUGGGAGUGAUAUUGUAUUCAGAAUGGCCAAGGAUUUGUGAGAAACAAGUGUUUUAUCACGAGAGAAUAGAAAAAGGCUGAAGUAAAAUUUUUAGGGAAAUCCCUGAGAAAGAAGUUUUAUUUCGAGAUUUCAGGACUCCAGCUUAGAUCCAAGAGAAAGAUAACAAUCCAAAGCCUGGAAUUCACUGAUAAAUCAUACAUACACAGCCCUUGGUUAAGUGGCUUCCUCCCUGGAGGCUAAGAUUCAUUUAUAUCUAAUUUUUGAUUUAGAAACCAUAUUUCGUGUGGCUCUGAACUUUAUUUUCAGGUCACUAGCAUCCAUAUGCGUCCAUUCCGAGGUAAACUACCACAUUUUUGUAAUAAGUAAAUUAGAUUCGAGACAAUAAGCAAGAUUUUUCUCCUCUUAUAUGCAGGUUAGAUGGACUUUGUCAUUGUUGUCUGGUGAUGGAGAAUUUUAUUACCACCUCCAUUACCCUUGGUUUAAUUAUUUCCAUACCCCACUCUCACUUCACCUCGCCCAACUCUUGAACUUUGACAUAUUCAUCUGGUACAUUAUCUGAGAGGUUGUGAGAUUUUUACACCGUGAACCUGUUAUAUAUGUGUUUUAUUUCCAGGUCCUCAAUCCUCCGCGUUGGGAAAUUGAAGAGGAGAAUUAUAUAAGAAGGUAAUUAAGUAUGGAGAAGGAAAGGGUUGAAUGGUGCAUGGACUGUCACAGUGAGAUCUGUUUAUGAAUUCUUACCUCAGUGAGAUAUGAUUAGUUUCGUUACUCAUUCUUGGUUGGCUUACGCAAGCAAUUUGCCAUUUUUCCCAAAAAGAUCGUGGAAAAAACUACGCAGAAGCAGAGUAUUAGAGACUUUAAGAAAAAAACGACGGCGACGAUAGUGAGAAGGUGGCGAAAUAUAAGAUUUCACGAACCUGAAAACUCGCUCAGCGCGCGCAUUUAAAAACUUUGUAAAUAUCUUGGUCGUCGUUUACAAAACAACAUUAGAAAAUCUCCAAAAUUUUGUGCAGUCUGAGAACGGGAACCCCUUGGGCAAAUCAUCCAACGCUCCAUUCUCACGUUUUGCUGAAAGAAAAGGUCUGGCGCCGUUUAAGACAGCAAACAUAUCGCGCGCUACGCAUAAAAUACUCAGGAGAAACGGAAGUUCCUUUCUUUUUUAAGCGAUGUUUUCCCAGGCAUAGCUGUCGUGACUUCCUAAUUAAAUCUGUGGCAGAACGUAAGUAGAAAAUUUAUUUAAACACAUCAUAACCUCACGAGACGUUGACGAAACACUGCAACAAUGUCGAAAUUUCUAUACCCAUGCUUGAAGUACAAUCAUGCUUUUUUUAGUCGUGGGCAGCUUGGUCGUGGAUUAAUAGUUGAAGAGAAAAGUUCAGAGGUUGUUCCAGCUCUGGAAGGAAUCAGAAUGCUGUUUAUAGCAGCAGGUGGCCGGCAUUCAGCAGCAAUAAGUGGUGAGAGAAGAGAAGCUAAAUAUUCAAUUGGAAUAGCCUAAGUACAUUUCCUAAGGUUUGCUGUAUAAUCAACAGGGCAGGAAAAUUAAUAUUGCUCCCCUCUGGUCACUUUGGCCUUAAUUGGCCAUAUGUGGGUAGAAUUAGCGCUUUUUGGAAAGGACGUGUCAAUGUUAGCAUGCUCCAAAUGUUUUUGUCAUGGAUUUCUGAUUUUUUCCUUCAAUAAGUCAAUUAUUCCAAAUUCCAGCGCUGAAGGACUUUUCCUUAUCUUUGGUCAGAAAAUUUAACUUACACUCUUACUGCUUUACAAAUGAACCCUCUGAUAUAAGACUCUACAGGUAAGACAUUUUUAGUAGUUUUCUUCUGUCCAGUAACUUUUGAUGGAUUAUGAACACAUAAAUCUGUGGUACUUGUUUUUUGAGCUGAGUAGAUUUUCUUAAGUUUGAUUUUUUCCCUUUUGUGUUGCUGUCAGAAUUUGGUGACCUCUACAUGUGGGGAUGGAAUGAGAAGGGGCAGCUGGGUUUGGCUGUCAAUCCAAAUGACACACUGUCCUUAAGUGGUGGCCAGGUUCAAUGUCAGGCAGUGCCAGUUCCUGUCAGCUUUCCAGAUGAUUUAGAGGUACUGAUGGUCAGCUGUGGAUCAAAGCACACAGCAGCAGUUCUUGGUAUGAGGAAGGGGAAAGAAUGAGCUUGGUUGAUAGAAUGACAGGGGAGGGUUUCAACACAAGUUGUACAUCUGGUGUUGGAGCUCAGAGAUUACUCUGACUAUAUGGCAGAAUAUUCCAACUAAAUUUCAAUUGCUUGAUCUAUUUUUCAUUCAGGAGUGGGGAAUAUCCUUGCUACUUCUACUUGGUUGAUAGAAUGACAGGGGAGGGUUUUAACACAAGUUGUACAUCAGGUGUUGGAGCUCAGAGAUUACUCUGACUAUAUGGCAGAAUAUUCCAACUAAAUUUCAAUUGCUUGAUCUAUUUGUCAUUCAGGAGUGGGGAAUAUCCUUGCUACUUUUUGCAAUUCUCUGUCUACUGUAAUUCUCUACGAAAAUCUUGGGUGUUGAAGUGGUAAGGAUAGGAAGUACUGGAAGAGAAAGGAAACAAUGUGAAAAUUCUUAAUUCCUUUAAAAAAUGGCUGUGUUCUGUAACAAAGAGAGGGGAGAGACAGGAGGUGAAGGUGAGAGAGGGGGAGGAGUAGGUGGGUAUCACCAUCUCCAACUGAUAUGCAAAUAGGCAUUGGUACCUAUUAGAAUUUGUUGAUCAAACACAGGAUACAGUAAAUCAUGACCUACUAGAUCCAGUUGGAGAGCUGACAUGUAGAUGGUUUUUUGACAGUUUUUCCUGUUUAUAUUUGUCAAUUAGUCCUCCCUGCAGCCUCUAACUUGGUAGUGUGGUUCAGUGCUGUUGCUCAACUUUUGUUUUAUUUUAGGUUGAAAUGUGGGGACAUUUGGGGAAGUCGCUCUUUUGUUAAUUGUUGUUUCAAUGGUGGUGACAAUUAACACUGUCCAGGGAUAAAUUGUUAUCAAGACAAGGAGUGUUUAUGAACAAUUUAUGUGUUGCCUAUUUUAUCCAGUGGAUAAGACAUCCACCUUAAAAAUAAUCAGGACUGACUCACAUAACUUUUUAGUACCAACAUUUUAAAGAGAAGCUUAGUGGUCUGUAGGAGAUAAAAUAAGAGGAGAACUGACCCAUUUACCUCAUUGUCAAUUAGUUAGUGUGACUAAUCCUGGUUUAAUUUUUUUGCUUACAGGAGAUGGGAGUGUCUGGACAUGGGGUUGGGGUAAGUUUGUAUGAAUUUUUCUGUUUAUGUAAAAUUAUUUUUAAAUAGCAUGCAACAUUUGUUUAAAAAGCACUGUUUUUUUACUGUCUGAAUAGAUUUUGUGUUCAACCUAAACAUGUUCAGGAAAUGCAGAAAAAAUGAAACAUGGCUCAUAUUAAUGAAGUUCUCUGUUAAAGUAGCUUUGGUUCGUAACAGUUUUGAAUGCCCUGUAAGACUUCUUGGAGAGAAAACUCUAACUUAAACCAAUAUGAAGUCAAAACCAAUGGCCAUUCUUUACCUUCAAAUUUCCUCUCAGGAAAAAUGGGAAGAAUUUUUCCUACCCUUGGACACAACUCUCUGUAUUUUGAAAAUGACAUCAAUGAAGUUCAUUUUUUUAUGCGUCUAUCAAGCUACCAAAGGAUAGGUAGGUUGAAUGACCCACUUUGCUAUACGAAUUUCCCUUGUAUUUAAAAGGAACUCGAUUCUUAAAUGAAAUAACAAGGUAAUUUAGUGUUAUCAACUAAAUUGAAAACGUAAAUUGGCCUCCGUGAAGAGUUUAAAGGCUGAAGUUUCGAGCGUUAGCUCUUUGGCCAAUCGCUCUGAUGAAGGCCAAUUAACGUUUUCAACUCAGUUGAUAACACUAAAUUGCCCUGUUAUACUUUCCCACCGAUGCAGCACCACAGAUUCUGUAGAAAAUUACCCCCUUUUUCCUCAAUUGAAUUCUUACUUUAAUUUAUUAAAUGUCCUCAGUCCUAAAAGAUAAUCAACCCUCUAACUCCCAAGAUCUGGAUGUUAAUUCUCUCCUCUAGCUGCUUCACAUUUCCUUGUAAAUUGGUUAUGAGAAUUUGAUGUUAGAUCAAAAGAACAACUUCAACUUUAUAAGUCUGAAUAUUCUCAUUGCUAGUUGGCUGGAUAGAGUGUGAAUAUUACAAGAAGAAAUUACAUGUUGAUCAAUUCUGGGAGUUAAAGGGUUAAUGUGUAGAAACAGGGAGAGUAGACCUUUGAGUGAUUUUGAGCAACAUUUUGCACAAGAUUUUUAUAAUUUUGCUUAAACGUUUCGAUCAACUGAUGGCUCUUACCUCGCACGACUGAUUCAACUGUCGUCGACCUGCACCACGCAACCGCAGUAGUGACGUAAAUUUGUUAUGUUCCAGGCUACUAUGGCCAACUCGGACACGGAGACCGAGAGGACAGAUCUGCGCCUACGCAAGUAGCAGCCCUAUUGUCAAUGAGGCUCAAACCUAAAACGCUUUAUUGUGGUGCUUGGUCGACGUUUUUAAUGAGUUCGAAAUGAUCUGUGAUGUGUCAAGGUCAUUUCCAGCUUAAUUAGUUUGGAGGGUUAUUGUGGAGGACCCCCCAACAGUUUCGUAAUUUUAUGAAUCGUCGCCAAUGUGCAGAUACCGUGGAACAGCAUUAUCAUGAAGGUUCCGCUAACAAACUCGCCUGAACUCUGAAAACCAAAGCGAAAGCGGUCAAAACAGCCAAUCAGAAGAGAUAAAAAUUAUCACAACGGGUCGAUUGAGAUUUCAGAGGGAAAACACGCAAACUGCUUGAAGCGCGGGAGAUCUUCAGUGACCAAGUCGCGACUAUUUUCAUUUUUGAACUCAUUGGUUGUGAAAAUGUUGCGGGGUUUCUGGACCAAAGACACAGCGAAGUGCUGCAAAACCAAAGUAAUACGUUAUCAUUUCAGUUGAUAAUACUAAAUUACCCUGCUAUACUCUCCCACCGACGCAUCACCACAGUUUCUAUAGAAACUUGUAUUACCCCCUUUAUUCAAAGUAAUACCAGAUUACUUUCAACACUCGACUGAAAAUUUUCCUAAAAGGGUUAUUACGGUGUGAUCGCUUUGCUGGGGUAGUGAUGAAAAGAAUCGUCCAAGUUGCUGAGAGUGAGAACGAUCGCACUUAAGGUCUCUUUUUUUGUUAGCUUUGUCAGUCAGUCGACUUUUAAAGGUAUAGUUCGAAACAAUUUGGUCAAUAUUAUUGAGAUUCAAUUGGCUGGGAGGAUCAAGAUGACGUGGUUUUGGUUCGUCACCAUGGUUGUGUUCUGUUCUGUUCGUCGGUUUGUCAUGAAGACGUUGAUAAUUCCUGCUGAAAGUUGUUUGUUCGUUCUGAUUACACUGACCCGGUGUGCGAUUCUCUAAAGGACCCGAAAUCUUCCUGGGCUUGAAAAUCGUCGCCCUUAUUAAUCGAUAAAUGCGUAUGGACGAGAUUUCGUAAACACGAUUGUGAUGCUUUGUGUUCGCGCGUAUUUUUGAGAAAUAUGUUAUAAAUACAAUAGAAGACGUUUCCCCACUUUUCAUUACCUCAUUCCAACGCUGGGGGAGGUAAGAGAAUUCUCGCAGAUUAUGCAAACCUCAAACUGUGUAUGACUGUCUUUAAUCUUCUAGGCGAGGCUUUGUAAACACGUGAAAAGUUAAUUUCAAUGUAGAUGCCAAAUAAGCAAAAAUCAGUUUAAAAAAAUCUGUGUUUAUAGCCCCCUCUUUGAAACUUCUCUAAGGUAUGUAGCUACUAAGGUCACCUUAAACGCUAGGAUAUUGGAGGAGUCAGCAACAAUAAAAAAAGAGAGGAUUGAUCGAUUGAAAGUUGUGUUCACAUAUUACAGCGCGUAUUGCGCUGCAAGAGGAAUAUUUGCACCAUGUGGAUUAAAGUUCGUAACUUGCGGUGUAUAUCCAUCAUAUUUGCCCUUAAUGAGGUAAACUGAGUUCAUUAGAGGGAAGAGAACCUUCUAAAUAUUUUCUUAAAUUCUUUAAACCUCAUGAACAAGGAAGCAAAGAAACAAAUUCAGGGAAUGAAUGAAUUGUUUUCUGUCGUAAUGGUUCAUGAUAAGAAAGCUGUUUGACAUCACACAUUGUUUUUGUCUUCGAAUGAGGAUCUUAUCUUGCGUUGUAUUGCUCGGCUUUACCUUUUUAAAGCUUAAUGCAGAACCUCUGAUGGUUUUCCUGCACUGCCAAUCUUUUGAUCGCGCAACGCUACUUUUCAUCCAUACUGCGUAAUUAAAUGUUAAUUAGCGGACGGCGGUAUUUCUCUUAACGGGCCGCGCACAAGCGCGAGCGCAGUUUUGGACUCGCUCCAGUUCUCUGAGUCUUUUCUCUUGAACGGCCAGUUGCUUUUCAGCCAUCAUUUCAGCAGUAAGCUUGGGCGGAUUGUCAAGCUUACGGAGUCGUCUUGGUACCCUGGCUGAAAGCAGAACUGUUUCCUUACGUUUGCCAUCAAUGAGAACUUUAAAAGCGAUGGCGCUUUUAAGUUCUGCCAAGAAGGAUCGUGUAAGCGAAAUUUAGGGGUUUCGACGCCAUUUUGUUAGAGGUGGGAGAUGACUUGCUCGAUGAAGACUUUUCUCCAACCAGCAACCUAUCAUAAACCACCGUUUUGUCACAUUUCUUUUCUUUGUGGAAUGUUUGUACCUGUAGCCCUUCUGUAUGUGACUUUUCUUUGGUCAACCGCUUAGUAAUAAGCUGCUUUCUAGGUAGCAUUUCCUUAGCUAGGCUUUCGUGGGUAUGUUUUUGCAUGACUGGCUUUUGUGUACACAACAUUUGUUUGGUCAUUUUUUGGCUACACGACUUCGUUCUUUGGUUGAUUUUUGGAGCAAACUUUUCCUUAUUUUUCACUUCUCCAGUUGACUUCCUUUUAGCCACCUUUUUGAUCUUCCGUUUUUUAAGUCGCUCCUCUUCCUUAGCCAUUUCUCUUGCCAUUUCCUUCACUUUCUUAAUGGUGAUUGUUGAGCGAUGGAUAAUCGGUAGCAAGCGGUAUCCUUCAGCCGGAGACUGUCUCAUCUUCAUUGCGUGCGGGUCCUUUUUUGCUCCUGUCUCGACCUUUGAAUCAUGGCAGUUGUCGGUACAGUUUGUGAUGUCUCUAGAAGCCUUGACCACCUGUAAGAAUGAUAGACAUGCGCGUGAACUUCCAGUUUCGAAUUCUGCUGUUGGGACAGCAGUUUCUUUUUUCGCAGUCGUCUCCUUAGUUUUAGAUUUUGAUCGUGUCUUCUCAUUCCGUUUGCUUGUGCUUCUGGGAGCUUUGAUCUUGGUUUUUUCAUGUUCCUCGAGCAUUUUCUUAAUAAGACCACGCAUCUACACCACCUUCGGGUGGUCAUCGAAAUUAGUUUCUCUUCUUCGGUCUUGGAAAUACGUGUCAGAGGAAGAUUUAAUCCUUUAGGCGGCUCAUGGCGCGUUCUCGAUAAUUUCGUCCUGCACUAUCACUCUUCAGCAAAGAAAAUACCGAAUACGAAGUAUGUUUUCAAAUAGAAGUGAGCUUGGCAGCUGGUGAUUGUAGCCAAACCGUUAAGUGAGAGGCGCGCUGUUUAGUUUUUUCCAUCUUAGUUUUUCACGUGGCUAUUUCCCGUUAGAUGGGCCCUUCAACGCUUUAAUUUUUCUUACGUGCAAAGUCCGAGUUUUAGUAGACAUCUGAAAAUCAUCAUAUAUCUUGUUUGGGAAAAGCGUCUAGACCUUACUAUUAACGGAGAAAGAGAUAUCAUCUAUCACAAGGUAAACUGUCAUUCUCAAGUGGCUUUUGUGCCGAAACCGAAGUUUUUUUAGUUGGACAAAGAGCUCUUUUUAAUACCUCCUCGAAUUCAGCAACACUAGCAUUGAUGAGGAUCUUUCAGAUUGCCCAGCUUUCGACUCAAAAUCUACUGAAAUAUAUUUACUGACCCAGUAGGAUAUUCCUCGAAUGUUGUUUUAUCUCCGCGAUGAAAUGGCUUCUCUAAUUGCUUUUCUUUUCAUGCUAAAAAGGGUUAAACCCCUCUUGGACAAUUUAAUGUCUUUUUGAUCACUUCUCAAGGAACAUUUUCCCAUAAUAACCGCUUGUUUUUUCAUUCUCAUUUAAAUGACUUUCGUUGUAGCCAUUUUUUAGUUCUAUAACUAUGGCCCCUUUUAAAAAAACAUGAACCAGAGAAAUUAUUUUUCACAGUAAUAAUCUGUCUGCUUUAAAAAAGAAAAAAAAAAAAGGACUCGAGUAAGGAUGUAACUCAUAUCGAGUGAUAUCUAUGGGUAUAGAUAUUUCACCAUUUCUUAUGCUUUUACAGUGCUGGUGAAUGGAAAAUGGUCGAAUUUCUUCUUUCUAUUGGACGUAGUAAAAAAAAAGGUGGAAGUUAAUCGCUAGGGAACAAUUUACCGGAAAACUUCUGAAGUAGGAUCAGAAAUGAAAAGAAAUCGAAGUACCGAUUGUAUGUUUAUGGUUAGGCUUUUGUGUCAUGAACGGUUUUUCACACUCGGUUUUCAAUUUCAAAUCUGUUUGAACACGUAGUUUUGUGAAAAAAGAACGCGUCUGUGUCUUUUGGUUGAUCACACGCUGAUCCUUAAUUGACCAUCGAAGGAGGCUCUUUCUCGUGUGACAAUUAAUAGCACGGAUGAUCUGGACGUUGCGUUUUAAAGGUCCAAGUAACAAUGUGGUUACAAAAUGAUGUCAGUAGCCGUCUUUUGAUCAGAUUUCAGUGAUAUCAAACCCAAAGUGAUAAUGGCUCGGUGGUGACAUGGUCCUGAUUAUUAAGAAUGCCAAGAAUGUCUUGUUGUGGUCUCAUUUGAUAACGCCUUUUACCUCCCGUACAUUGAAACCGCAAUGUUGUUGUUAAAUUAACCUUUUUGAACUGUCUUUGAAUUGGUCCAGACAGCAUGUGGCUUGAAUAGGAAGUUAUUAAUGUUGCUUUUGCGAUACAUGUACUUCAGGAUGACCUCGAACAAAAAAAUGAAAAUUCCAAGGAUCGUCAAUUAAGUUAAAAGAGAAUCUUUUCCUUAGUAAGUGGAAAGGGAGACCGUUCUUAUUUUUACGGCCUUCGGCCAAAAGUCAUUUCGUAAAAAGACGCUUCAAAUGGCUCAUGAAGGCUAAAAAAUAUCACUAACUCGUCGAUUAACAUUUCAUUUAACAGACCGAGACGUGAAAAAUGUAGCGUAAUCAUUUGAAACUGUCAUUGUCGGUUCGUACCACUCCUCUUCUUCAUCCUCAUUCCUCUAGUCCGUUUAAAUUUUUAUAGUGUUAAUGGGCAAGUUACCGUUUCUUUCCUUGUAAGGAUACAAGAUACUUUCAGGGACGAAUUUUGCGAAAAUUAGUUUUUUACUAAAUCUUAAGUAUCUAGUAAUCUAUCGAAAAUCACCACUUUAGCAGAUGAACAUAUUAUUUCUCGCGUGAAUUAAAGAAAAAAAAUCAAAUUUGAUUAAACUAAACAAAUCGUCUAAGGAAACUUUGGAAGUGCUUUUCUCUGCUUAAUUUGAUUAUCGAACCAAUUGGCAAAGCAUUUCCGAAUUAGGGGCACACAGAAAUAAACCAAUUACCUUGAAAAUUGGCACCGUGUUGUUAAUAAGAUUUUAGUCAAGUCAGUCAGCACAAUAUGCGCUGACUUUCUGAAGACUGUUUGCGGAAACAAGACGCAAGCACGUGUUAAUUGAUUAAAGGCACAUGAACGGUGACAUGUGUACUUUUCUCUUUUUAUUUUUAGAUUCUCAUCUCUGUAUUUCCGAAAAAGGAAAGUUUAUUAUCGAAUUAUGUAGUUUAUAAACUUUGAAAUGAUAUCUAGCUUUAGAAGGAUUAACUUAAAGCAUUCGCUUUGAUAGUAUUUUUCUGUGACCCACCAAUGAAAGUAUCUUGUGACAUCACUAAAACACGAUCACACAAGUGAAAUUUUAUAUCUAUUGGAUCUGGCCCUAACUUGCGUGGGGUCCCCCAACCAAUAUAGCUUUUUGUGACUACUUCCAUUUACGUUUGUUACGUAAUCUAAUGUCGGGGAAUGAGCUGCAUCACGACAGCCCAAACCCUGAUAAUUUCAGAAUUCGAAAUCAUACAAUAACCACAUUCAGAAUGUAAACGAAAGGCUAACUGAUAUAGAGAAUAAUACAUGGGCAGGCGUAGAUAUGGAAAUUCUCUUCUAGUGUUUAACUCGUUAGCUUACGAGUGAGCGCAGCGAACGAGUGAGAUGUGGAGUUCAACACGAGAAGAGAAAUUCCAUAUCUACAAGCAACAAUGUAUUAUUUUGUUUAUCAUAUAAACACAAUAGCCCUUUUCUGGGAAGAAAAGCCGACUUCAUUAAUGAAUGAAAAUAAGUGAAUCGACAAUCCUAGAAGUAACAGUCGUGGAGUGAGUUGGCGCUGACUCUUAAGAUGGAAAAUGCGUUGAAUCGUGAUUACAAAAACAACAAUGGUCGUAAUUUUCAAUUUACAAAAUUCUCAUUUAUUGACUUUGUCCUUACCGACAGAAGAAGUCUUUCAGGUAAACGGCCAAAAUCGGCCAGUGACAAAUCUUCCAGUUGUCGAUUUUCAUUCUCAGCCGAGAGAAAUGCCAACACCAAAGCCACUGAAUAUGCAACUUUUGGUUUUCCUUCUAGUAUGUUGGUUUUCUUCCCCUUCUAGGAAAGUUUGAACCUCAUUGUCUGUCAGCGAUACGGAUUUUUUAGUGUUUUCUCCGCCAUAAUUCGAGAAAGCUCCGACAAACAACUUGUAAUGAGAAUCGUGAAGGCUUUGCCGUUCAUUCAUCAACCUGACCGAGUGGCGCCAAAGGCGAGUGACAUAUAAGCAGCUGAUUGGUACGGCUUUUCUCAAGGCCAGGAAUCCUUGUAUAACACCGCAGUUUAUGUGAUAAACUAUUCUAACUGACCAACUGGCUCAGAAAACUAACGAAACACUUAAUAACACGUUAACAUGGGGCGUGGGAAAUUCCUGUCCGGAUUUUUAGCUUUUGAUCGAAAGGGAAGUUGUUUUCAGCCUUGGGAGGUAUUUUUUUAUUUUUUUUCUCAGGACCACGACCUUUUACAAAAAAUAUUAAUUUUCUUUAGUGUUGUGCAACGCCCUCAGUUGGGAUUCUUGUUUGUUUGAUUGCGCCGAAGUUCGCGUUUCCAGUUGAUCAGAUAUUUUAUUCAUGUGUUUUUUUUUAAAUCACAGCCGACAAAUUCAGCAGCAUGUCAAACCGUAAUUGGGCUAUUAUUUGAUCAUUAUAUGAUUGGGUGUGCGUGUGUGUGUGUGUGUGUGGACGAGCAGACCACAGCUGGAAUCCAUAUGAAAUGGGAAUUUCAACUUCAACCCUUAGGCGUCUGACUUAGAGUUUAACGUCAUGAACAGUAAGCUUUUAGGUAUACUUGCAAAGAUGCAAAGAAUCUGAAGAAUUAUCACGGAAGCCUCAUGUGAACUUUGAGAACUUAAUCCGAACUUCCGCCCUGACAGUUAAUUGGUUGGUUUAUCAACAUCUCCUUUGGUCAACUGCCGUUUUUUUCCUUAUAUCCUCCAACUGAGAUUAUAAUCAAAGUUGUUCAGGUGGAGUCAGUGGAAACAAGAAAUCCGACUGUUAGUGGCCAUGACAUUUAGCUCGCUUAUACUCAAGGCGGUUCUUCUAGGUGUUCUGGGCGCUCUGGAUAGUGGACGGAACACUCGUGCGUGUUCAGGUUGGUGUGAAUCCACCUUAAAUAUGUCCCACUGAUGGUGUCGCCAUCUUGCUCUGCAAAUAACUCUUACAGAUAUCUUUAGAGAGCGUAGAAAAGGUCUCAUCCACAGAUUAAAGUCGCAGGAAUAACGCAUUGAUUCUGGACCUAGCAUCACGUGCGGGUUGAGUUUGUAUUUGUGUUUGUAAUUGUUUUUUUUCUUUAGUUUUCCUCUGUCCACGAAACUCAGCACUCUGUCUUCCAAUUAGACCAGAGAAGAAUGUUCGAGAGGACCUAUCCCUUAUUUAGUAACCCAUUGGUCACUAAAUAACUGAACAAUAUAAUUGAUGUCUGAUAACUAAAAACUAUGACUGAUAACUUAAGCUCAGAUAUAUUAUCAACAAACUUAAACUCAAACGUAACACCAAAUUUUCCAAUCUUUCUUCGGAAGAGUGGUCGGCACUAAAAAGUUAAAAAAAACGCAAAUACAUAGUCAUUAAAGCGGCCGACAAAGGCGGCGCAGUUGUUGUUUGGCGGGCCGACCUCUACCAAAAAGAAGCCUUGCGGCAACCUUCUGACACCUCCUUUUAUGCUAAAGUGGACAAAGAUCUCACUUUGAUCAAGCAAAACAUUGUCAAAAAUACGAUUAACGAUCUUAUAGCUAAACAAGAAUUGCCGGCCACUGCCAAAAAUCUCACCAUCACCACUACCAGAACUUCGUGUAUUUACUUUUUUACCUAGAAUCCACAGACCUAACAACUCAGGUCGACCCAUCGUUUUGCCAUAGUUGUCCCACCGAACUUAUUUCCAGCUAUUUAGACAGAAUUAUGGCACCUUUCGUCAAAACUUUACCAUCUUACAUUAAGGACAACCAACACGCACUUGAAAUUUUUCGUGACUUUAGUUUCCUCGGCCAAAACAAACUUAUUUUCACUAUGGAUAUUAUAUCUCUUUAUACUCUCAUUCCCAAUGACGAAGGUCUCCAGGCCCUCAAACAUUUUUUCGAUCAUCGCAUUGUUCAGGAACCUAGCUAGAAACACUACUCCGUUUGGCCGAACUAGUACUCACACUCAAUUGCUUUUCAUUCGGUGGUAACCACUGCAAACAAACUAAUGGCGUGGCCAUGGGUACUAAAAUGGGACCCAGCUACGCCAAUCUUUUGGCGGGAUUUAUCGAACAUCAAUUUUUUAGUCAAUACCAUGGCCCAAAACCUGAACUCUGCGGCCGUUACAUUGACGAUUGCAUAGGCGCUACCUCCUCUACCAGAGAGGAACUCACUCAAUUUAUAACCGCCGUCAAUUCCUUUCAUCCGGCUUUUAAAUAUACCUGGGAAAUUUCCGACUCUUCUUUGGCUUUUUCAGACAUCAAAAUUUCAAUUUAAGGCAACGGUUUAUGCACUAGUGUUUACUACAAACCUAAAGAUUCACAUGGUUGUUGUAUUUAGCUUCACAACCAUCACACGUCAAGAACUCCACACCUUUUGCACAGUUUCUCAAACUUUGUCGUUUAUGCAGUGACGACUCUGAUUUUUCCGAAAAAUCAGAGGCAAUGUGCCAGUUUUUCGAUAAACGUGGCUAUCCUGUUUCUGUCGUUCAAGCGGGCCUCAACCGUGCCCAAGAAAUUGAUCGUCAAUCAGCACUACAAACGGCUGAGAAGGAAAACACUGACCGCAUUCCAUUCAUUGUCACAUUUCACCCUCACAACCACGCGGUUAGAUCUAUCAUUCUUAAAAACUUUCAAUUACUCUAAAACGAUUCAGAGACUGGCACUAUUGUCGGAGACUUUGUCAUUCGUGCGUGACACAUGUUAGAUGAUGAGUGUGAACAUUAUUUCAAGAGCUAGAAGCACCGUCUGUAGUGAUUUUGCAACAUUGAUCGGUUUACAUGAUCAACGCAACUUUGAAUGACCUUUUAAAUCAGCACUUAGCAACAACCAAUCACAAUGUAGGGAAUAUCGUAUAAGAGAGUGAUUUCUUACAAAUUUUGCUGAGUAGCUUUUUACACACCCGUUGUAAAUAAGUGACUACGAGAAUUGAAUAAAACAGUUUGAUUGAUUCAAGUUCGUUAGAAUUCUAUCCCUAGUAAACGGGGCAAAGUUUACGAAACUAUCCUUUCGCAACCCCCACCUGUUUCAUUCAAACGUGACAAAAACAUAGGCAACUUUUUGGUCAGAAGUUAAUUUCAAACCAAUGACCAAUCUAGAACUUUCAAAUGCGCUCGCUCACGAUGCAAAAUUUGACCUUUCAUUCAUAAUGUAGAGAAAAUAUCGGGACCCAAGAGAUCCAUUAAGAUUACUGAUUACUUUACGUGUACCUCCGCCAAUGUUAUUUACUGCAUAACUUUCUCUUAUUCCAAUAAGUUAUACAUUGGCGAAACAGGAAGACGACUAGGUGACCGUUUCCGAGAACACCUUCGCGACGUGGAAAGAAAUUACAAGGACGCAUCCCAACCAGUCGCUAGACGCUUUAAUAUCCCUAAUCAUUUAAAACAGCACAUGGCAGUUUGCGGCCUUUCCUUACAUCUAGGGAGGUCGGAAAGCCACAAAACACUAGAACAAAAAUUUAUCUUCCAAAUUGGCGCCCUUAAUCCCUACAAAAUCAACGAGCGCUUUUCAUUCAACUAAUUUAUUCCUGUUUUCUCGUCACCAUAUUCCCACCGAUAACGUAGCUCUACUUUUUGCAAAUAAACCCACACACAACCCAUAAUUCCUCCAAUCGCUCUGACGAAGGGCUAACGCUCGAAAUGUCAGCUUUUUUUACCCUUUACGGUGGCCAAUUUACGUUUUCAACUUGGUUGUCAACACUCAAUUACCUGCUAUACUCACCCACUGACGCAGCACCACAGUUUCUUUAGAAACUAACCCCCUUUAUAACAAUUUUUGUAUGAUUGUCUUUGUGAAGUAAAUACAGAACUCCCGUUGAAAGAUUUUUGAGUGUGUAGCUCACCAGUAUGACUAAUAAUGGCAACAUUCACCAACCAACUCCUGUCUUCAAGAUCAUUACACAAUGUUACAAAAAUGAGGAGGAAAGAGAAGAGUUACAUGUUGAACUGUAAAAGGCAGAAGUUCCGAGUAACACGGCGUAAUUUGCUAGUGUAAUAGUGUGUUGUAACAUAGCGCACGUGCUUGCCCCAUAUAAGUCCUUUUGUUCCGCUAUGAACAAAUUCUUAAUUUACGAACGCCUGUGCGUAUAUAAGAUGACGUGAGCAUUUUUUUCACCUGGCUUCAGAGUUUUCGUACCGUUAGGCUGCAGCGCAGUUUCCCUUCUCUUUGAAAUAUGGAAGAAACCAGCGAAGAACUGCCCAAUUUUUCUAUCAGCAUUGACCUUUUAGGUCCUGAUCCAACAAGCAACAAAUAUAAACAACUCGGAAGUUGCACAUCAAAACCUUUGAUAACUUUGGGUCUUUGACUUUUAAAACAUUUUUUAAUGACACUUGAGUUCAUCUGGCUUUGAUUUUCUCCAUUUUCUCCUUAAGUUUUGAGCUUUUCAUUCACAGUUGUCGGUUAACUGGAUCAAAUGUUCUCGCUCAAAUUAAAGUAUAAAAUGUGGCGUGUUUUUGACCAGCCUAUAGGGACGUUUGUUUACUUUUUUUGUGCGUAGUGAGAAUUUCAAUAAAAAGCUUCUUCUCGCAGAUCCUCAGUGUCCGUAUAUCGAGUUAUGGAUGCACUUGGGAAGCUUGGACAGCAAUCAGAAAUCCAACGUUGCCCUCGGCUGCGCCUCGAGCUACUCUUACGCAUUUUUCGUGCUCUCCAAACUUUCCGCGUGCAUUCAUAACUCGAUAUACGCACGCUGAGCAUGAACAAAUUCUUAAUUAAUAUAGAUAUGUUAUUUGCCGGCUGAGAGGUCCUUGUGACCUCGGUCACAGUUUUUCAUCAUACGGACCGACCCUUAGCCUGUAAACGACAUUUUUUUUUUAAACUUAACGAAAUACAUUCCGAAAUAACCCGAAUGAUUUAGGGCCGUAAAUACGACAAGAUCUUCCAUAAACUGAACAGUUUUUGAGUGAGUAAAUGGUAGUUAAAAUAGAGGUGACGCAGAUGCUUCACCGAAAAGGUGAUUUAAAAGGCUUCCAAACAAACUUUGAAACAUUAGUAUACGAGUAUCUGUCACAAUCUGACACCUGUCAAUUAGAUAGCGCGUAAGAAAAGAAAAAAGCGCAUGUAUACAUUUUUGAAAAACAACGAAACUAGUUGGGCAAGGACUGUUACCACAAUGUGCUCUUCAAAAACAGUUAAUGAUCUUACGGUAAGUAUUCUUCACUCUCAUCGACGAUUAUUUAAUGUACGAAGAUUUACCUAAUAAGUAAUCGGCGAGGAAAGUAAUUGUGAGUAAAUUCAAAGUUUUUGUUUUGGAGAUGUGAGAAUUUGCUCGUUUGUUUGCUGCAACGGCGUGUGAAAAUCUGGUCUUUCCUCCAAAAAAACAAAAUUCGGAUGAUACACUCCAACAAGACACAAUGGGAUUUAAUGCGGCCUUUUCUCAUUGCAUUCCUUAAGUUUCUGUUGUGCGGUUUACGGUACAAAUGUCCAAAUUGAAUGGACUUGAAAAGACUCAUCGAGAGCGUAUAUUUGUUGUAGAACUGAAAUUAAAACUUCGCUCGCCCUUUCACCACGAACAAAUUGUUUAAGAAAAUUCAGAUAUUAACUAAAUGAAAGUUUCAUCGAUUAGUUCAACUGUAACCAAAUAUCUCAUGUUUUAACUUUCUGGGUACUUUUUGUGAACGAUUAAAGUUAAUUGCAGACGGUUUUUAGGCUGCCUGUCAACCAACGUAAUGACACUAUUGCUUAUACAAAAAAGUCAUUCUGAAACGAAAAUUUUUCAGUCAACCAAAGUGACUUGAGAGAGAGAAAAGAGAGUGUUUAUGUUUAGCAUGCGUAUAUCGAGUUAUGGAUGCACGCGGGAAGUUUGGAGAGCGCGAAAAAUGCGUAAGAGUAGCUCGAGGCGCAGUCGAGAGCAACUCUAGCUUUUUGAGACCAAAAGAAACUCAAUCAAAUCUCAGUUGCUACUGGAUUCGAGUAAAGAGGUGUUUACACUAAAACAACUCUAAUUUGUUCUUCAUUCCUCCUCAAGCAGGGGCUUUUUAUUUUCUGUUGCCUAGGGGUCAGUUGUCAAGCCUGCAUUAGAUGUCAACAUUUUUCUCACUUUCCUGAUCCAACGACUAGCUUUCAAAAUUCAAAUAUUUCUGUAUCUUUCGAGCUCAGAGAGAAAAUAAGAGUUACUGGUAUUUACCCAUAGAUUUUUUGUGCAUGAUGUUUCCUUACUCGGAACUGGUUAGAUCAAAUGACCACCACAAACCGUAUAAUAUCAACCCAAACUAAUAAUUAUUCGAUCUAAAAGAAAUACAUUAAUUUAUAAUUCGCAAUUGGAACAAAUGCAAAUCAAGUCUUUAACUUUUAACUAAAUUCAAAAACUUCAAUACAAACUUACUUCUGUGGCAGGGUCGUUACAACAGUUUCACUUUACGGGUUAGCAGAUUCUCCAGGUAAGCGGAUUUAAAGACAGAAAAACGAUAACAAAAUAACUUCUUUCUCACUUCGAUUCUGCUGAAAAACUGACUUGAAACAUAAUAAUCUAACGCUUUCAAAUCAAUCUAUUGAAUUAAUGUCAAUCACGAUUCUUGUCAUCGAAUAAAUCUGUCAACAAGAGGCAACGCCUAUUUAUUAAACGAGACACGUGAUACAAAAGUGGUGGGUUUACCACAUGCUUCAAAGCUAUUUCGAUCAGUAAAAGGUCCUGGGAUAUAAACGGAGGGCAAAGAAUACCUGAUGUGUAGGAAAGUUCACAGUAUAGCAAUUUUUUAAAAAAUAAAAGGAAGUUUGGCCUUUGUAACACUUUAUUAUCAAUAUAGUUGGUAAACAUUGCUUCCCAGUUUCUACUUCUAAUUUUCACCCAUGAUAUUUAGUCUCUAUGUACAAAAAGCUUGUGUGUAACUGCAUUACAGCAUCGCUGUAGGCUGCCAGAUAAAUUACUUCUUAGUAAGUAUUGAUUCUGGCACACAAAAUUAAUUUUCUUCAUGUGGCAGCAAUAUUUUACAAAUAUGAAAUGGUGCAUUCAAAUAUAUUGCGCAUUGUGUCACAGGAGUUGAGCUGUAAGUGAAAGUCUUAUAGUUUCCCAAACUUACUCAGCGUUUGAGAUUCUAUUUUCAUCAUUAAGAAUUAUCUCCACUCAUACUAACAACACUAAACUCAAAAACCGUUCGGAUAACUUAUGUUAAAAAUUCGGAACAAAUUGCUCAUAUUAUCAGGCUCAAAACAGUGUAACAGAACUCACAUGAUCCAAGAUGGCUCUUGUUUGUUGUGUUUUGUGCGUAGUUUACUCUAUGAAAUUCUCACUAACCUUCCUCUUCACGCACCUUACACCUCACAUUUUACUGAGAAAGAUAUAACUUAGAAAUGAAUCGAGAGAUACAUUUACGAAGAAGCGCUCGAAAGAGACUUCCCUCAUCUUUCAAGAGAGUGAGGAAUGAUUGAAAUGGAAAUCACUGUGAAAAGUAUUGCUACCUUUGUCUUUACCGUCAGCCUACAAAGACAGCUUUUUUUUUUUUUAGCGAUAUUUGGAGCUGAUCUCUAUAGUGGAUUUCCGAUAUGAACACUGGUGGCAUAAGCUUAGGACAACGCACAUGAAAGAAACUCUAAAUGUAGCCUCAUCCGGUAAAUUAUUGAAUAACUGACAUGACUAAAUACGCUGUAGAUUCUGCUUCAAGGAAAUAACGUGUGUUUGAAAAGAAUCAUCAGCGGAUGGCAAAUAAUAAAGGACGACAGAACUCCACAACCAGACUAUAAUAGUAUUAAGCCUUUAUUGGAUAUAGAAACAUUUUCAAACUGCAAGUUUGGGCGUAAAUCAGUGACAGUGACUAGAAACCUAGAGACUGGUGAACCAGUGUUCGAUAUUUUUAACUGCAAUGACGCGUUUGAGAUUUAAGAACUAGGAUGUUUUGCCGUGAAAAACACCUUGAGAGUCAUUUAUGAGGUAUCUGGAGGUUUAGCCACAUUUCAAGUUCGCACGCCUACCAGCAGCCGUUUUUGUCUAGUUUUUUGUUAAAAUUAGUUCUUGAAAUUUACUGCGAUUGAGGACACGAUUAUAAGGACUUAAAAUAAAAAAAAAACACGUAUUUAGAUUUUAACGAACAACACCAGAACUUUUCAGUUUACUCUGCAUGCAAAACUGAGAUUUAACAGAAAUAACUCUCCGGUUUCAGUUCCUGAAAUCCGUGGAAAGAAUGGAAGCGAGCCCAGAAAGGUCAUCAAGGUUAAUAGCGGGAAGAAUAAAAGACUCCCUUGCUGGAUCAAGAUCAUUGAUCCGAACCAAACGUUAAAGUAUUACUGGCUCAAGGACAAUCAGACUCUCAGAGGAGGUCAUCAAUGUACAGUCAGACGCUCACAGUUCAUCAUCAGAUACCUAAGGAUACGAAAGGCGAAGAAAGAGGACGCCGGCUUUUACACCUGUGUCGUUGUGAACGACUGCGGCAAAAGUAGUCACACAAUACAGCUCAUUGUUGAAGGUAUGUGAACUUCAUAAGUUAUGUUCUAUGAUAUGUCAAAGAUUCAAAUUAUAGAUGAAUCAAAGUCACUUGUCUUAACAAGAUUAAUGCGUUUUCUUUCUCGGAGUAAUUUUUAUGUGAUUUUAGAGGAGACAAAGCCUCAAGACUUUGUGUCGUCAUACAUACUAAUGCUAAUGAGCGAGUCGGUAAAGUACACAUGCACUUUGCUUUUGUUAUUCGUUUUCUUGUAAAUCAGUUUUUCCAAGAGAAUAUCGACUGAUAUUUUCUUGGUUUUUUAAUAAAUUUCUGAAUGGAAAUCUUGUUAGUUUUUUGUAGCUAUUUUCUUGAAGCAAAAACAUGGCAACUUUUCCUUCUCGGAAAGCAGUUUGGGGAAUUCUUGUCACUUUUACCGGGUAGCGAAAAAUAAAGGCUUAAAAUGGCUCAACCAGUCGCAUAAUCGGUUUAUACCAUAUCGCGAGUCCGAGCCCGAGUCAAGUUUGAGUCACAAGUCAAUUUCGAAUCACCAUAAAUUUUUCCUUUGUUUUGCUUUUAAGCUUUUUUUUCUAUUUCCGUUUUGAGAUCUGUGUCAAUCUGAUCAUGGUACCAGGAAUACAAGAACACUUAAUUUUAAGCUUAAAACGUUUUUCACGGCCGUUGCAAGGGUUUAUUCUUCACUGAUUCCCAGCUGCGUUCAAAAGAAGUCAACAUUCCAAGGUAUCUACGAGUUUCCCCAAAAGAUUCCGACUUUUUAAUUGCACACCCCUGAGGCAGACAGCCUUUUUUAAUGACAAACCGAGUAAACUAACUCGGAGUAUGAAAAAGAAGCUCAGCUCUGAUUUGCAUCCACAGGGAUCCCAUGCAAGCUAUCUCAUUCUCUCCUGAGCAAAAAUUGUGGGGAACAGAUAUCAUUCCUCUGUAAAACAUUCGUUUUGGCAGAAUGAUCAUGCCAACAUUUUCUUAGUUUUUCUCGUGAUAUACGGGUUUCGCUUGUUCAAAAUUUUCGAAGUAUCACAAAGUUGUCGAGCCAUGUCAAUAAUAUGUGGACUACGCUGUGUCUAGUUGGAAGCCCGAGUUCAAUUUUUUCGUAGGUAGAACAUCAGUCGUGGUUACCACCGGGGUUUUGAUAUGUCUUGACUUUGAAACGUGUUGUAAACUUCGCGACAAAUCUGUAACGCUAUAAGCGGUCCAAGAACGCUUAGCAACGAUUCAGAAUGCGAGAAUUCAUGUCCGUGGUAAGAUCGAAACAGACGAAAUAAGCUGUCUCAACUGAAGUAAAAGGUAAACAGCAUUGUUUAAAGAACGAACGAAGACAAUCAAUGCAAUCAAUAACUGUGUCCUGUUUGCUCGAAACAAAAAACUGGCAACGGCUCUGGAGAUCCAUUCACUGUUAAGGUGAUCACUUGCACAACACGACCCUGAAGUUUCUAGGUAACUUUUCAUGGUAAAAAUUAAUGACGGGAAAAGUGUGUUGCAGUUGGCUAAAAAUUUUCCUUCAUCCUUCCAAGUUGCACCGCAUGUUGUAAACUUGGAGAACUAUAAUCCCAGAAUUAAUUGAAGUGUCGGUAGUGUUUUUCAGACUAGAACAACAUCACAGGAUUUAAUAGAUUGUAUGGAACUCUAAGGUAGUGGCUACCAUUGGCCCGUUUUUUUUUACCAGUUUCUUGAUUCACUGUAUGCAUGCGUGAGUCGUGACAUAGCCUCUCUAACUGACUAAACUCUAUGCUCAGGAAAACGCCACAAAGUUGAAUUGGAAGUUAACAAAAAGUAUUCAAGAUUACCGUGAGAUUUCGAAAUUAGUGGAGGUAGCCAUUCCAGUAAAUACUUUCAGCUGAAAUGAUAGCUAUAGAUCUACUUCUAUGGGAUAUGCUUACUUAGCCUUGCAUGCAGCCUUAGCAUAUCCCAUCAAAGAAGAUUUCGAAAUAAAACCAGUUAUGUUUAAAAGUAACUAAACAUUAGAAAAAAUUUGUGGAAAUUCGACUGUUAGACUCCGCCAUUUUUAAACUUCUCCCCCGCAAUCGAAAAGAGUCCGUUGUCGGACAGAUAUGAUCAGCAGCUUGAUUGACUGUUUUGAAUGAAUACCAAUCUAAAAUGGAAUGGAGAAGCCUUAAUUUUGACGCGGUCAAACAAAUCCAAUAUCAGGAAUGGCCAAGUUUCAUACAGACGAUGUUGAUAUGCUUAAUCCUAGGAGAUAAACAUUUUCAUGUCAUUUACAGUACAUUAUCGAUUGAGUUUUGAAAAUUCAUCUUCUCUUGUAAAUGUUAGUUCAUCCACAUUUCCUUGUAGUUCUGAUAAUAUGGUAGAUACGUGAUUUUAUGAGUGUAAUUAGUUGUUAAAAUACAGCCUAUUUUUCUUUCUUUUAGAAGCCAAAACCUGCCAAGCAGACCAGUUUACUUGUGCCGAUAAAAGUUGUAUUCCAUUGUCUUGGAGGUGUAAUGGUCGUAAUGAUUGCCAUGAUAGGUCAGAUGAAAAUGGAUGUCCAACGACGGCUCCUCUGGUUUGUUCAAAAGAAAUGUUUCACUGUGAUGGAGACUGCAUACAAGGUCAUUUGCAAUGUGAUGGAAAAAACGAUUGUGGUAAUGGAUCCGAUGAGAGAGGAUGUGGUGAGUAUAAAAAGUGCUCAUUCAUGAAUGAGAAGAUGCGAUUUUUCCGCUCAGUACGAAAAAGAAAAUAUUGAAGUUGAGGAAAAAUCUAUCGAUAAGUGGUAUAAAAAUUACAACUGUUGUUUUUGACCAAACAUUGAAGUUUUAGAUUUUCUUGUGUCUUAUGCUGCAGCUGCGCCCCAGUUGAGGCGGUCGUCUCCUCCAAGGCUCGUUGAACAAAUGAGACAAAAGGAAGUCAAGCUGAUUUGUAACGUGAGCGAUGCUAAAAAUUACAUUUGGUAUAAGGAUGAGAGAAAGAUUCAUCUGCCCUCUGAUCGGUAUUUUGUAAAAUCACAUUGGUAUCUGCAAAUUACGGACGUUCUUAAAUCGGACAGUGGAACGUUUGUUUGCUUGGCUUCCAAUAGCUAUGGAAAAUUAAAUUGCACAGUGAGGUUGAUUGUUGAAGGUAAGAGUUUUUGAAAUUUUGAGCAAAUAUUAAAUUGGGUUUGUUGUUUGUAUGAUGAUUUGAUUUCGUUUCCACUCAAUACAACAGAAAAAGAAAGAAAAUACUAACGUGGAGGAAAAAUCUAUCGAUAAGUUUUAUUAAAUGAAAAACUUUUGUUUAUGAUCCAACAUUGAAUAUUUUCGAAAACUUUACCUGCUUAAGCGAGCUAUUUUUUGUUUUUGUUUUCCUUUAACCGUGUGUGAAAAAGCUGGUAUCUCUGGAGCACUUUAAAGAUCUUUUAAUUUAAUAUCGACUUCGAAAGGAGAGCUGUGAUCUUAGUUAUUGGAAAACUAUCUGAUAUCUAAAUGUUCUAUAGUUAGAGUUGAAAAUUGUAUUUUGGUGUAAGGUUGUCUUUGUGCUCUUCAUCUUGUCCAGCUUUUGAGUUUAAAGGAAACGUUUUGCAGAGAUGAUAUGAAAGAAAGAAAGGGAAUUUGCUUAUUAGCCCUGGGGUAUUGGUCAUUGGUAGUUGUUGUGUGAAAAAAACAGUUUUUUCUUUUGUUCAGAUCCAACGGCUUCACCUACAAAUGUUUUAGGAGGUACAGCUCAUUGAUAUAUUAUAUAACUUAAUUACUUCUAGUUAUUAUAUAGCAAGGUAGUCUUGAAGUAGAUCCGAGUGUUCUGAUCGGUUCUUACUUGGUCGGUAUUUUGCCAUACGGACUGUUUCCACGGAAACGGUCAUACGCCCUGUAUUUUUGUUUUGAUAAGCAAGCAAGUUAUAGAACAAAUUUGACUCGAUAACCUCGCUUGCUCGAGCCACAAUGGGGAAUAUUGGCCCCCAGUCGUUUUUUGUAAGAACCUGGCUGCAAUAGGUCCAGACUGCCAAGACCUGGGCCAAUAUUUCCCAGUACGGCCCUUUCGCUCGCUUGGUAAGAAGUUUUUAUCUUAGAUUGCAAAUGCCUUUUUUGUGUAGCUCUUUACUUUUGAAGCAGAUUGUCAAGAAGUAAAAAAGGAAUAUGCGUCCUAGGCUGCCAAGCGCGAUAAAAAUGCGGGGUUUGUGGUCAUAUUCCUAAUGCAUUUGAAGACUGUUAUGUGAAGCUAGGUUACUAUUUAGAAUCUUAGACCGCGUUUUCAGUUUCUUGAUUUCAAAAACGUUUUGAAAUGGCGCCGGGAGAAUAAAAAUAUUGUGGGUUAUGAAGCAAACUUCUUCUGCUGAAUGGAGGAAAUUUGCAUGAUCACUCGACGAUCAUUUCGUGGGAAGUAGACUGUAAUAAAUCUAAUCACUUCAUGUUAAGGAGGCUUGGUUAACCUUGAGCUGUUCAACAUAAAACCACUAGAUUAAAAUACUCUUAUGAGCUUGCCUUAAUUCAAGGCUGAAUGUAAGCGAUAUAUCACAGUGGUUGCUCUCAAGUUAUAAAUAUUUAUUAAAGUUACUAAUAUUUACUAAAGUAAGUAAUAUUUGUUAAAGAAAUUCCCACGUCGCUUAGCUGCAUUUUUUAGGAUCUAAUCCUGAGACAUUAAAAAAACAAGAUUAACAGGAUAUGAGAUAGAGGAAGAAAACUGAAAAAGUAAAAUCCAUUUAAAACAAACUAGCUGUUCCUGUAUUUAGAAACUUGGAUGUAACAAGCUCUGCUUAUAAUAAGUGUUGGCCUCAAUUACUUUUCCAAAACUUUCAGCUCCUUUCGGUUGGGAAAGCUUUAAAAACAAAACCUUGCCGGGAGAGCAAGACAACGAAAUUAGUUAAGUUCUUACUACUCUAGUCUCUGGACGUUCCCAAACAGCCAAAUAUUGUUGAAUUUACAGGAAACUAUUUGUGGGUUAAUCAUAACCAUUACAAUUUCCUCAAAUGUGAUUAGUGCACUAACGCUUUAUUUUUCACGAAUUAUUUUGUAGAGUUGUAAUCGAACAGUGUAACAAGACAGUUGGCUGUAAUCGGACACUUGUUAUCUGACAGUUGAAGAAGCCAAUCGUACUUUGUCCACUAAGCUAAUCAACCUAUAACAAACAAAAUUGAUCACAAUAACCAUAGCAACAACCACUUAUCCUGAGAAAAACUGGGGAAUUUCCAAAAUGGAGGAAUUUUCAACUUGAGACAAUUGUUCCAAAUGUAUUUUUAUCGGAAAUCGUGAUGGUUAUGAUUAAUUGGUCGAGAUUAACAAAUCGCUUCGCGUUCGUCCGAUUUGUUAAUCAAAAGUAUAAUUACAUACCGAAGUGGACUCCACUUGAUCCUAUCACCACUAUUGCGCAUGAACUGCUAUAAUUUUGUACGAAAUGCGACACGUUCUCAUUUUUCGGUGAAUAGUUACAAUCUACACAGACUAAGAUCGUUCUCUAUCAUCUUAACAUGUCGUUGUUUUUGCGGAUAUCACCUUUAUUCUUUAUAGCUGGACCAACGUUUGGGAAUUUAGGCAAUGGGCUCGAUUGAAAACCUAUACUGCUAAACUAAAAGUGGAGAAUCGAGACAUAAUGCGAAUGGCUAAGAGAGAAGAGUUCGAGGUACAGCCAUCUCCUCCAACUUGUACUAAGAAAACACCAGCUCAUCUCGUCAAAACCAUGCUCCCAGUGUUACCUUGCAUUUUUAUCUUCUAGUUCCUCCUGACUUCUAUUGCGUAUGAAAUCAAUGAUAACCUUGAAACGUAUCUCGUUCCUCAGAUAAAAAGACUCGCGAUCAUCUUGUCCCCGGAGUCGUCUCGGCAGGCGUGUUAAUUACCGUAGCUGCUUUAUCUUUUAUCUGCUGGCGCCGUCGAUCCCGAACCAAGGAGCCCAUGAAUGGUCCAAUUUUAAUGUCAGGUAAGUCUAACUUGGCAGAGAGGUCGGCAGUUUUUUUAGAGGUUUAAAGAUCUCUUUUUUACUUCUUAGUUUGUUUAGGCUAUGUACUGAAAGCCGAAAGCUCGCGUGUUUGAGGCAGAGAACGCCCUUUGAUCUCAUUAUGAAUUUUAACCGUGCCAGCCCAUACUUUUAAUAUUGUUAAGGUGAUUCCUCAGUAUUCAACUGUGCAUCCUGUAUUGGGCAUAAAAAUCAGGUUAUCAGGCAAGUAAGCAUAUUCCGAGAACACGGUAUUGUUUUUCAAUAAGUGGGCUGGGUAAUGAGGUAGAAUAGUCAAUAAAUUGCACAAUUGUUGUGUAUAAAUUCUCCCCUUUAAAUUAAGCAAAUUAAAAAAAUUCAUCGAAUUGGAAAAAAGAUAUUGCUAAAAGCGUGCACAGUCUGUUACUCGAUGAUGCAAAAUUAUGACUUAAAGUGCCUUUGACACGAAAUUUUUCUUCGCGUAAAUAUUUAGCUUAUCAUAUGUACAAACCAAUUCCGAUAGAAUAACGAUUUCAAAAAACUUAAAACUCGGUUCUACCGAGAGUUUGAUAAAUUGUACUCAAGUGGUAAAAAAGAAAUGGAGGCUGCGAGUACGGUUCAGCCCUAUGAAGGAGAACCGCGUGCAUCAAACAAAGAUUUCGACGAAGACUGACUAGGACGGUUUCUCUCGUGCGGUGUUCAGGUCAAAACUAGAACAAAAAACUCACGUUACUGAAGGUUUAGUUUGUUGCGUUUGUGUUUUGUUUUCUAUGGCGAAAUCUUUGUUAGGAAUGGGUAGCUGUGUUCGUUUUUGUUGACAACGUUUUAUUCCUUCGCACUAAGAGCGGCAAGGGUUCCCCUUGGUGAGUGUUGCUAGAGUUUCGUUGCUGUAGAAUGAUUCCCGUAGCAAACACAAGCUAACGUUUUGACGAAAGAAUCGGCUUUAUCACGAGUCACGAUGAUUUUCUGCCGAGAAGUCAUCGGGCAGUUUCACUGCAAGUUGCUCCUUUCCUCAAAGGUUGCAAAGACUGAGGCUGUUGCCGUCGAGCCGGUCAAACGGAAAACGAGAGAGUUUAUCUGAUUCAAGUGAACCUCAAAUAGAGAUUUUAAUGGAGGAAAUUUCUUUAGUUUAAGUGCAGCAUUUCCAUAUCACCCAUUUCGCUCAAUGGCAAAUAACUGACAUCAGUAUUGUAAAUUAAUAUUUUGUAUGCAUCGACUUUCACACAGCACUUGGAUUCGCUACCAUCUAAUUCAAUAAAAUUUUUUGUUUCUUUAUUUAUCUCGUUGCAGUGCUGUUAUCACAUUAACAUUACUACUGUUUCUAUUUUCAGUUUCUUGAGGGCAAGGGGGAAUUGAUGGCUCGUGGGAUGUAUUUUCGGAAACCUAGGUUCGAAGAAUAAACGGCCCCUUCGAGCUUGUGUUUAUGCCAAUAUCCGCUAGAGGUUUCGCACUGUUCCAGCAACAGGAUAUCGGUCAGUUCAGGAAAGGGCUUGAACUUUAUCACAAAUUAUGUAUUUCUGGUAACAAAAUACGCUCAAAACAAUGAUUAAAAACUUCAGUCAUUAAUUCACAACUGGUAGGAUUUUCAUACGAUAAGAAAAGCGCAAAUGUAGUCAUGUGGAAAUACAAGGAGUACGAGUACAUCUCAAGCGCGUGAAAUAAACCAGAACAAUUAGGAGCUCACAAUUCUUCGCUUGCGACAUGUCAGCCGAAAAUAAUGUUGAACAAUCGUUUGCGGUAUGGGUACAGGCUCCUUAAUCAGCAUUCUUUUAAGCUGAAUUCUUUGGUUAUCUUUCCCUUAUUUGUCUAGUGGUAUGUGUUCGUAACAGCCGCCUUCAGAGCCGGUACGGAGCAUGAGGCCGAAGACAUUGAAGAGUAAACUCCCCUCUACGUCGACGAUCGAAACGAGUCCAUUUGGCCAUACAGCUACAUCCUUUGGAGUGUAGUGUAUAGAAAUACCCUGUACAUUUUUAAUAUUCUUGUGGCUUGUACUUGGCUCUCCGGCCACGCAAUACGUUUGUCCUCUUAGAUUUCUCCUUUCUCCACAAUAGAGGUGCCUUCACAGUUUUCUAAGUCACAACGAUGUAACAUGAUCGUUUUGGCUGCGCGCUGAAUGGGAACACUUUUUGGCCGCCAAAUCGUACUUUCAAUGCACAAAAAAUGGUAAAGGAGAACUCGUUAGGCGCUUAAAUCGAUUAUUUUUAAUUUUGAAUACAGCUAUCAACCAAAAAAUGCGAAAAAAAUUUCGUGUCAUUGGCACUUUAAAACAACGACUCGAGGAACGUUUUAAGUUGAUGUAGUUUAAAAUUGCGUAAUUUUUCACAAAUUACAUAUCACACUGUUCCAUACGCUCAAGACUUUCAACCUAUCGAGUUUUUCAGUUCUAAAAUGUUACUUUAGCCACCUUGCUUCCAGCUGCAGCAAAAUGUGCCGCGAAUCAAUGAAAUGACUCGCGCGAUUAGUGCCAGAACAGGCAUCAAUGGGGUAAGUUUGGCUCAUCAUAUCUCUUAAACGAGCACUGUGACCUACCUUUUAAAUUGUACUUUUCGAAACAGACAUUGGUCGGGAACAUUCGAGGAAAGUUUAAAAAAGAAUUGUUUGAUAACUUUAUUUUUUCUGAGGAAUCACCUUAACGGGUUUUGAGGCAAAAUCUGACUCCAGUAAAUUUUUACUGUCGAACUCUCAGCCAACAACGUGUCCUUAUUUUUUUGCUUUCAGAACUUGAAUUUGAAUACGACGCGUUCGUUAUUUUCAGCCCCCAAGACUCGGAUUGGGUGACUAAAACUCUAAUUCUAACUUUGGAGGAAAAGUACGGUUUUAAAUGCUGUGUACACUACAGAGAUUUCGUUGUCGGAGUACCUUUUUGUGAAAAUAUGGUCAACAGUGUAUGCAAGUCAAGAAAAACAAUAGCUGUCGUGUCUAAUAACUUUUUCAAUAGCAAAUAUUGCGGUUUUGAGAUGGAUUACGCCCUUCACCGACUCAUGGAAAGGAGAGAUAACAGUUUAGUCGCCAUCAAACUUGAUGAUGUUGACAGAGGAAAACCCCCAAAGGAGCUGCGAGAAAGGAGCUUCAUAGACCUUUCAAAGAAUGUUGAAAAGGAACACUGGGAAAGAAAAUUGGUUAAAUGUUUAACGAUUCCUAGCGAUUUGUCACAGGAACAGAUUAUGUAA